CGCCGACGUCGCGCGGAGUGGUGAUAUCGCGCUCAAGAUGCGCCGGUCUUGAGGGUAUGCGGCGUACAUAUGCCCCCUCCUUAUAUAUAUUGUCGCCCAGUCCUCCAUCUCCCAAAGACCAUAGACCAUCGAUUCACAACCGACAACACUGGGUCUCGUUUCACUACCUGGCCUGAUACUCAUCGCUCUUACUUGAGCCCAUCCACCGGCAAACAUGGCCGCCACCACCACCAAGACCUACCGCAUUGGCGUGUUACUCGAGAGCGUCCAGCUCACCGACAUCGUCGGCAUCGACAUCUUCGGCAACCUGAGCAAGGAGUACAUCCUCGCGGCGGCCGAGCUUGACGCCUCCGUCGCGGCGCUGGCCCCGCUCGGCAUCGAGGAGCUCAAGGUCUACUACAUGGGGCCGACGCUCGAGCCGGUCGAGCUGACGGCGCAGUUCCGGUACGCGCCCAACGUCACCUACGACGACUGCCCGCGCGACCUCGACCUGGUGCUCGUGGGCGGCAACACCCCCGGGGUCCGGCCCGAGGCCGCCUCCCGCUUCAUGCGCGAGGCCUGGCGCCGCACGCCCGUCUGGAUGACCACGUGCACCGGCGCCCUGUGGCUCGCCGACGCCGUCGGGCUCGACGGGAGGCGCGCCACCACGAAUAGGAUGGCGCUGCCGCUGGCGAAGAAGAUGCACCCGGGAGUCGAGUGGGCCGACCUGCGCUGGGUCGUCGACUCGAAGCCGUUCGAAGGCGAGGGUGAGGGCGAGUUGUGGACGUCGGGCGGUGCUGGUGCCGGGCUCGAUAUGAUCGCCGACUACUGCUUGAAACACUGGGACCCUCGGCUCGUCAAGCCCUUCGGCCUUUACGGCAUCGAGCUGCAGCCUGGGCGGAGCUUUGACCAGCAUUACAACUACGAUAUGGCAGAGAUCUGGAGCUAAAGGGGACGGUGAACCUGGAGCCGGGUGCGAGUGGUAUUGUGGCCGAGAAGAACUCGGGACCAGUGAGCAAGAACCGACCUGGCCAUGUAAAAUGAGCAGUUUCCCUUGGGUCUUUAGAGAAUUGUAAUCAGAGUUAAGAUCAACA